AUGGUUAGGUUUAAAAAUAGAUAUCUUCUAUGUGAAAUCGUUUUCGAUUAAGAAGAAUGCUCAAAUUCUGAGCAGGAAUUAUAAUAGAUUUUAUAGCCAGUUUCAAUUAAAAAUGCUAUUGCUGAAGCUAUACUGUUAAAUUAUGGAGAUUUUGGAGCAGCAUAGACAUAACUAAAUUUAUAAAUAAAGUAUGCAGACAGCACAACUAGGUUAUUUAUUGUUAGAAUGGCUCGUGAUAAUUUAGAUAUUGUUUGGAAUUCAAUAAAUUUCAUUUAACUAUUAGGCCUAUACAGAGUUAAAAUUAGAGUUCUACAUAGUAGUGGCACAAUAAAAAAAUAAGAAAUUAUGGCGAAAAGGUAUCUAAGUAGAUGGAUUCACAAAAUGCUUAAUAAUAAAAAUAUUUUAGAAAGUGUAAAAACUAGUUUGUUGUAAAAAUAUUAAUAAGCAAAGGCUGAAUUGGAGUAAUUAGAUUAAUGA